AUGGGCACGAGGCUCUGGCGGAGAUGUUGUGUUCACAAAUUCAAGUUUCUCUUAGUUGUACUUGUUAUAGCUUUGUUUAUUGGGGAGAUUGGAUGUUUCUGCCUGUGUUUUGUAACAUGGCGGAUGCCUCAAGCUUCCAGCGACUCAUUAAAUCUACUCUUUGUUUCGGAUUCUCAAAUUCAGGGUUACAGAGGCGACCGUCCAGGAAUUCUUGGUUACAUAACACGCUUUGAUUCUGACUGGUACCUGAAGAAGACUUUCUUCAUGGCAUUGACAUCUUUCUUCCCAGAUGCUGUCAUUCAUUUAGGUGAUGUAUUUGAUGAAGGAUCCAUUGCUACUGCUGAGGAAUUUCAAGAGUAUAAGGCUAGACACGAUAGGAUUUUUCAUACCCCGGCUGGAGUUUAUAGAAUUCAUAUAGCCGGAGACAAUGACAUUGGAGGCGAAUCGAGCGAUAUUAUUACAGAGGAAGAAGUGGCAAGAUUUUCAGCAAACAUGGGCCCACUAAACGAUGUUAUAAAGCUCAAGUACACUUUUCAGAUAGUGAAGAUAAAUUCAGUGAGCUUGCUAAGAAGGAGGCCCUUCGUAUCGGAAUGGAAGAUCUAUAAUGACACAAUGGCCUUUAUUGACGAUUUGCCCUCAAAGCUUGAUCCCGAUAGAAUUUCUAUUCUUAUUGGACACGUUCCGCUUACUCAUACAAGUGGAAGUCAGGUAGUUCCAGUGAUAAAGUUAAUAGAGGCUGUUCAACCACAGCAUGCUUUCUCAGGACAUAUUCACAAGAGAGCCACGAUCAACCACAAGAUUGGAACAGUGACGUUUACAGAGCAUGUUGUUCCAACAUGCAGCUAUCGCAUGGGAACAGAGAAGAUGGGCUUUGCUGUAGCAGUCAUUGGUGUGGAUGGCUCUAUUGUUUUCUCCGUUCUACCAUUGCCCAAAAGAUACCCAUUUCUAAUGACGUAUUUAGGAAUCAUAUGUGUAUUUAUUGUAUUUGCACUGCAAUGGCACUGCAAUGGUUAA